AUGGACUUAUCUGUCUUACCAAAUAACAAUCAUCCUGACAAAUUUCUGCAGUUAGAUGUAAAAGCAUUAAGUACAAGACCUGGUUUAGGCCCACUUGGUUUCAUGGGUCUCUCUGGGGCAGCUCUGAGCGGUCAACAGUGGCACAACCGAGUCUAUUCACAGAGUAAAAACCAAAAGCUAUCAGGGAAGUUCAGCAUGCAGUGGAAUGAUGACUCCCCUGUUUUCGUCGAUGAAGUACUCAGCCAACAUAUCACUCCAGUAACUUUGAAAUCCACCAUUAAGAAGAAUCCACUGUACACAGACUGUAGGGCAGUCGAAGGCUGGGAACAGAACAAGGUUCAACCCUCCUGGACAAUUCAGGACUACGACAGGCAGUCAAUGCAAACAAACCUAGCUAUUCAUCUAAGCAAGGAAGAUCCAAAUGACCUGAAGUUUUGGUUGGAUGACAUUUAUACACCUGGAUAUGAUUCUUUACUGAGAAAAAAAGAGUCUGAAUGGAAAAGAGCCAAAUGCUGUAAAUUAGUAACUGCAAUAGUUUUGGUAGCUUGCAUUUUAAUCACUGUAAUUACUGUACUAAUAGUUGUUGUUAGCUACUAA